AUGGAGCAAUGCACCGGCGAACAUACAGACCAGACGCUCGACAUAUCAACUAUUGGGCACCUGGAUGAUACCUCUCAUCUCUUGGGAACUCCAUGGUUCUACACAUCCAACGAUAACCAUCCCCAGUAUGCCCUCAACGAAACUGCAGAGUACAUACCCAGAUACCUAAACGAUCCGACUCUGGUCGAGUGGCCGGAGCCAUUAUUCUCUCAACCAUAUCCGACGCCUCAUCAGGAUCCGUCAUUCACAGCCCUCACUACUCCGCCCAUCAAUGUCGAGUACUAUCCCGAAUCUUCCGUGCCUCAACUGCGAUCAGAAUCUACUCACCUAUCGAGCUCUUCUAGCACCAUCGAGUAUCACCCAGAGCCAUCGAAGGGACCAAUUUUCUCAGAAAUCACCUAUGUGCCUAGCUCCCCAGAGGACAUCGAGCACUACCGCCCUGUACCACCACAGCCUGAAGCAAAGAAACGCAGGGUGAGCUCCGGUGUACAGAGCACGAUGAGUCUGCCCGACGAAAUCCUCACCGCGAGUGUCCAGAGAGAAUCAGAAGCUCCCCCGUCCACCAAAAGGCGCGACACGGCUAACAAGACGGAUAUCACAUACCUCAAGAAGGUCAGGGAGAGGAACAAGCGGGCUGCGACAAAGGUCCGCAUCAAGCAGCGCGAACAGGAGAAGAGUCUUGAGUCUGCCGAAAAGGACCUGCAGGAGAAGAACCACAGGCUGACGGAAUGUGUCAAGGAGCUAACUCAUCAGGUCCACGACCUGAAGAUGCAGUUGCUCCAGCAUGGAACCUGUGACUGUACUCUUAUUCAGGAGUACAUUGGUAAUGAAGCGAAUCGUUAUGUUCAAGAAACGAGUGGAUAG